UUUACCAGUCAUGCCACGUACACUUAACAAUAGAAAAAACAAGGAGUAUGUAUCUGCUUUGUUCAGUGAAUACCUCCUUCGCGACCAUCGGAGCGAUUUGUUGCAAAUUUCAAUGCAGUCCACUGCUCCUUCAUCGUUGUGGUACAUUUCAACUACCUCUGUGAGUUCGACAACAUGUUUUCUGAGCUGCUCUUGGUCAAACCAGAGAACACACUAAUGUUGCUGAAUGAGGGACUUCGUGCAAGCUUGUCUUCACAUGAGAACACAAAUGAGCCAGUGCGUGCUGACUUCGAGUCAUUCGUACACGUCCGCCUUACCGCACUGCCCGUCAUUCCGGAAGUUCACAGGACAACCGUUCCCCUAUCUUCGGACGUUGGGAGAUUUAUCGCUUUCCGAUGCACAGUUAGCCGCGUUGGACCAAUACAAGUUCUUCAAGGACGUGCAACUUAUGUUUGUUCCAAAUGUGGUUACAGAUUCCCAGUGGAUGCAUGUUUCGAGAACCAAUAUAUGAUAAAGCCUCCCCGUUACUGUCCUAACCGUGAUCCGCCAUGUGGUGCCACGUAUCUAAAACCUAUUGCGGACAAUGUUGUUUGCGCGAAAAACUAUCAAGAAAUACGAGUCCACGAGCGAUUUCGUUGUUUAUCUGUCGGAGUUAUGCCUCGUUCCAUCCGCGUUUGUCUAGAAGAUGAUUUGGUGGAAACGGUGAAACCAGGUGAUGAUGUAGUAGUCAAUGGUAUUGUCACUCGUAGAUGGCAAACACCACGGGAGAAUUCACCGUGUGAUAUAUCUUUGUGGAUUAGAGCGAAUUACGUGGAAAAUUUGUCAGAAUUAAAGACAUGCUCGACUGCCGGCUGAACGGAUAAUCGAUUUUCAGUCUUUUUGGGCUCGAACUACUAACUUCACAGAAGCAUUGGAAGCGAGGAACACAUUGUUACGCAGUAUUUGUCCGGAUGUCUGUGGGAUGUACCUGGUGAAGUUGUCCCUCGCUCUCAUGCUUGCGAGCUCGCCAGAUUGGAAUUGUUCGUCAGGUGAUGAGAAGCCGAGUGCCGCGGAACUGAAGCCGCGCAUUCGUGGAAGCCCCCAUAUUCUGCUUGUUGGAGAUCCUGGCACUGCAAAAUCUAUACUUCUUCGUUCCGCGACAAGUCUUAGUAACCGUGCGGUACUGACCGCUGCGACUGUAACAACAGCUGCUGGCCUGACCGCUGCUGCUGUUCGAGAUGCUCAUGGGUGGAGUCUAGAUGCCGGUGCCCUGGUCCUCGCUGAUGGUGGUCUUUGUGCGAUCGAUGAAUUCACGGCUUUGCAGGGAACGCACCGAUCCGCAGUUCACGAAGCCAUGGAGCAACAAACCAUUAGUUUGGCAAAGGCUGGUUUGAUCACCCGUUUGAAUUGUCGUUGCUCCGUAUUGGCGGCAGCCAACCCACCACUGGAGGAUAGUUCACGUUCCGAUGACUUCGGUUUGCCCACCUCACUUCUGAGCAGGUUUGAUUUGAUUUGGCGUCUUGUUGAUCCAAUGGACUCAGUCGCCUGGGAUCGAAAAAUUGCCGAUUUCAUCUUAAAGUUAGAUUCUAAAGCUGAUUCUCACGUCAGCUCUAAACAUGCUCUGUGGCCAACCGAACGACUCAGGGAAUACUUCACGUGGGUUCGACAGGAGUUCAAACCCCGACUAUCUCCCUCUGCCGCCAAUCUGUUGCAGCGUUAUUAUGUAUGGAGACGUAAAAGUAUGGGUUUCUACGGUGUUAACUGCCAGAAUGGUACGCAAGGGCGAACCACUCUCCGUCUGCUGGAGAGUCUUGUGCGGUUAACAAGGGCACAUGCUCGUCUGAUGGCUCGGUCGGAGGCGGGUUCUGAGGACGCAGUCAUUGUCAUAGGUCUCAUGGAUGCCUCACUUCAGUCCACCACAACCGGCGAUGACAGUCGUGCACUUACAGAUGCAUCCUAUUGGAUGAGUACCCCGGAGGCCAUCGUGGCUGCUGAUAUUCCCACCGAUUGCCGGAAAGAAUUUGGGGACUGGGAACAGGCAGUCCGUGCGGCACUAUCGGAAAUCAGUACUGAUGGAGAUUUGCCGGAUGUUAGCGAAGAUGAGGUGGAGUGUGAAGAAGUAGAUGAACAAGUGAAAGACAGCUUGGAGGCCUUCUCGUUGUCGGAUAAGGAUAUGAAGGAGAAUUCCGUAUUUUCAUUAACCGCGGCUCCGUUGUUUUCGUCCACUCAGUUGGCACCCCUCCAUUUAUCCGUCCCUGGUUUCGAGGAUCUCGAAUUCGGUGCGUUCGAACAACAAGAAUCUGUCGCUUUGGACAGUAGGCCGGUAGUCAGCCGUGUGGUCUCCAGCCGAUCACCUGUUGUAAAUACAGCGUCGACUGCACAUUCGUCUCCAGAACUCCCAUUCCCAAGCCCACGGAAAUCAGAAACCAAGAGUGAACGUCAGCAGCGAAUAUGUCAAAAGCUUUCAAGGUUCUCAGCGAACGUUGCUUCGUCGAAACGCCAUUUGACCGAAGAGCAUUUCCCUUUGAGUGAUAUUUUACAGAGUCCUCAAAAGCCACGCGAUAUUUUAUCCGGUUCCUCUCCCGAUACGAAAAAACCAGCCUACGAAUGCACACUCUCUUCUGACGUCCGAUUAACUGAUUCUGACUUUGAAAUAGAUUUAUG